AUGGCAAAGAAAAAAGGCGAUGAGAAAGUGAAUCAAAACCCACAAAGUGAUAAUGAAGAGCAAAACUUUGACGAGGAGCCUAAUUUUGACGAUCCAGAGGGUUUCGUUGAUGACAUUACAGAUGAGGAGUUGUUAGCGGAUCUGUUAGAGAAGAAACCCAAGGAAUCUGAUGGUUACGAGAAUGUGAUCAUCGUGGACGGAUGCCCGCAGGUCGGGCCAGAGCGUUUGGAGAAACUCCAGAGCGUUAUAAACAAGAUCUUCAGCAAAUUUGGCAAAAUUGUCAACGAGUAUUACCCGACUACCGAAACUGGUGUAACUACAGGUUACAUUUUCCUGGAGUACAGCAACCCACAGAACGCCGCUGAGGCUGUGCAGGCCACAAAUAAUUGUAAAUUAGAUAAGCAGCAUACAUUUUUAGUGAAUCUAUUUACGGACUUCAAAAAGUAUGCCGAGAUUCCCAAAGAAUGGGAACCUCCCUCUCCUCAGCCUUUCAAGGUUCAAUCAGACCUACAAUGGUAUUUGAUGGACCCUGAUGCUUAUGACCAAUUCCUCGUCGGCAUCGGAACUGGUGUAGCAUUACAAGUAUGGCAGAACGCAUUGCCUGAACCCGUCAUAUUACAGGAGAGACCGAAUUGGACUGAAACAUAUGCAGUAUGGUCGCCUCUUGGUACAUAUCUGGCGACUUUCCACUGGCGCGGUGUAGCGUUGUGGGCUGGUCCUAAAUUCAGUCAGUUCCAAAAGUUCUAUCAUCCCGAAGCGAGAUUCAUUUCAUUCUCACCCUGUGAGAACUAUAUCGUUACUUUCUCACCCAGCGGUGAUAGGGGUGAUGAUAAAAAACUAAUUAUAUGGGAUAUAAGAACAGGUCAAGAAAAACGUAGUUUCCCACCUCCCGAUGAGUAUGUAACUUGGCCGAUAUUCCGUUGGAGUAAAGACGAUAAGUUCUUUGCAAGAUUGGGACCCGACAUGCUCUCUGUUUAUGAGACUCCGAGCUUUGGUCUUCUUGAUAAGAAGUCCAUUAAGAUACCUGGUAUUCGUGAUUUCUGUUGGUCACCCUCGGAUAACACUUUGGCUUACUGGGUCGCUGAGGACAAAGAUGUACCAGCAAGAGUCACUUUACUAGAACUGCCCAAUCGUACGGAGAUACGCUCAAAGAAUUUGUUCUCAGUUGCCGACUGUAAAAUACAUUGGCAGAAGAGUGGUGACUACCUCUGUGUGAAAGUAGAUCGUUACUCCAAAGUCAAGAAAGACAAAAACGAGAUAAAAUAUUCCGGCAUGUAUUACAAUUUCGAGAUAUUCCACAUGAGGGAAAAAGAAAUACCAGUCGAUUCGGUUGAAAUCAAGGAACCGAUACAGGCAUUUGCAUGGGAGCCCAUCGGUGUGAAAUUCUCCAUAAUUCAUGGUGAUACAGCAAAUACUUGUAUAAGCUUCUACCAAGUUAAUACUGGUCAAGCUCCUACUUUGUUGAAGAAGUUUGAACGGACUCCCUUCAAUCAUCUAUUCUGGUCGCCGAUGGGUCAGUUCAUUGUACUCGCUAACCUCGGCUUAACUGGAGGUGCCUUGGAAUUUUUGGACACAAACGACUUCACAAUCAUGAAUGUCUCCGAUCAUUAUCAGAUGUCUGGCAUUGAAUGGGAUCCGACUGGUCGUUAUGUGGUCACAGGAGUUUCUUCACUCAAAUGUAAGAUGGACUGUGGAUACUAUCUGUGGUCAUUCCAAGGGAAGAUUCUUAGACGAGUGAUGAAGGAAGGUUUUGCCCAAUUCCUAUGGAGACCUCGUCCUCCUACACUUCUGUCUGAGAAACAACAGAAAGAUAUCAAAAAGAACCUCAAGAAAUAUUACUCUCAGUUUGAAUCAAAGGACCGUAUGAGGAGCAGCAAAGCUAGCAAGGAGCUAGUUGCUAAACGGACGGAACAAAUGAAAAAACAUGUUGAAUAUCGAGAACAGAAGACGUUGGAGUGGGCUGAACAGAAACCGCGUCGACUCGAACUGAGAAACUAUGUCGACACAGAUGGUCUCGACACAGACGGUGUUAAUUCAGUCGAGGAAGUUGUUGAAUUCUUUAUUAAAGAGGAACAGACAGUCGUCGAGUAG